AUGGAAGAAGUGCGGGGAUGGCGAUCCAAUUCCUACCCUGGCUUAGACGGAAGAGAGAUCCUUUCAAGCCCAAGUAAGGAGAAUCUGCUGCGUUCGGGUGACGGGGAGUGUUUGAAAAGGACGCUGAAGGCUCUGUACCAUCCGUGGAACCAAUACGUGGUGCAUUUGGACCUUGAGGCCUCCGCGAAGGAGAGGUUGGACCUCGCGGAUUUCGUCACCAAGGAGGAUUUCUUUGUGAAAUUCAGAAAUGUUAGAACGGUGGUUAAGGCUAACUUGGUUACCUACAGAGGGCCCACAAUGGUCGCUAAUACCCUUCACGCCGCCACCAUUUUGUUGAAUCAAGCUGGGGACUGGGAUUGGUUCAUUAAUUUGAGCGCUUCCGAUUACCCUUUGAUCUGCUGCAUACGCUCUCGUCUAUAUCCCAGAUACCUGAACUUCAUUGAACACACCAGUGAUAUUGGUUGGAAGGAGUAUCAUAGAGCCAAGCCAGUUAUACUCGAUCCAGGUCUUUAUAGUUUGAAUAAAUCAGAUGUAUUUUGGGUAUCGGAGAAAAGAAAUGUGCCCACGGCUUAUAAACUGUUUACAGGUUCUGCCUGGAUGAUGCUCUCUCGCCCAUUUACUGAAUACUGUAUAUGGGGUUGGGAUAACUUACCUAGAACAGUCUUGAUGCAUUAUGCCAAUUUUCUGUCUUCCCCAGAAGGGUAUUUUCACACAGUCAUCUGCAAUGCUAAGGAAUUUCGUAACACUACUGUUAAUCAUGACCUCCACUUUAUAUCAUGGGACAACCCUCCAAAACAACAUUCCCAUUUUCUUACAGAUAAUGACUACCAGGGAAUGGUGGACAGCAAUGUUCCUCUUGCUUUUGCUAGGAAAUUUGGCAGGCACGAACCAGUCUUGGAUAAGAUUGAUAAGGAAUUCUUAGGAAGAAAUACAGAUGGUUAUGUGCCUGGCAGGUGGUUCAGUCCAGCAAAUUCAAGCAUUAUUAACCAUUAUUCUGGCGUAGGAAAUGUCACUGACCUAAGGCCAGGCUCUGGAGCUCAAAGGCUUCGACGCCUUAUCAGUGGUUUAUUAUCAGCAGAAAAUUUUCAAACAAAUCAGUGUUCUUGA